UCCUUAACACUUAAUAAAUACUAGUAUAUACUGGUAUAACAAAUAAAACCAAACAUAAUUAUAAACCGAGCAGUCACUGGGAGCGAAUCUCCUUCCCGUCUACAAAGGCCCUCGCUCCCACAAAGUAGGCUCUCCUCCCCUCUCUUCUGGCAGCUUCAACCUGGGGCGACAGCUGGUUCCUGGUGCUCCUGUCCGCGGCGGACAGGUCCUCUGCAAACCUCGGUUUGUUCUCAAUCACAUACUCAUUCCCUCUAGCCGCACGCCACAGCGUGUCCCUCGCCGUCCUCUUGGUGAACUGGUGAACUGUAUUAUAAUCGUUCUGGGGCCCACUUGCCCAGACAUGUUCGCCCUCCUGAGGCUGUGAACAGAGUCAAUGGCCGAUAUCACGUCCUUCUGGUCCGGCAGGGUCCUUUUACAGAUACCCUUCACUGUUGCAGCAAUGUCCUCAUUAUGUUGCGCCUUGGUUGUUUUGGAUUCCCAGCAGCUCCGGUGAGUGACGUCAUCAUGCGGCGCGGCUGUACAUACAUUUCAGUUCGUGGCGGUGAUUGAAUCAGCUACUUUAAAUGAAUAAUAAAAACAAAAAUGGCUCUUUUGUAAAAAUAAACUUUUAAACUCCUGGAGGCGCGAUCCUAUUUUGCUGCAGCUCUGUGCAGACUUCACAAGUCAGCAAGAAGAUGGCGAAUUGGCUGUUAAUUCUGCAAAGCGAGCUCCACUCUUUCAUGGAGGUUUUGCUCAAAUCGAUCGUCUGUGAAGUUUCCGAAGUUUUCCAAAACAGGAUGUCUGAUUCUGAGGACAAGUUUCAAGACAAACUCCGCAGCAUCUCCCAGAUUCUGGUGAGGCGGGCUGUGUUUAAAAUCUCACAGUGUGUGGAGGACAGUUUCGGGAGUGAAAUGGCGCAGCUGAAGAAGGAAAACGAGAGCCUGAAGUGGAGAUUGCAGUUGUUGGAUAAGGAGUCGGGAGUGGGAGGUGAUCAGGGACAGACUGCAGAAAUAAAAGAAGAAAUGGAUACGAAACUUGAGCAGUCAGACUCAGAGGCUCUCCCUGAUGCUGGGGAAAGGGCUCUUCUUGAACAGCAGCAAAGUGAGGAGGAGUGGGGCUCCAGUCUGUUGCAGGAGACAGAGCUCACUGCUGCAGAAGGGAAAGAGAAACUCAGUGAGCAGCAAACAGAGAGCAGACAGAGUGUCGAGGAUCUGGAUUCUGGGCACAUGAUGAAGAUGGAGCCUGAGAACUCAGUGGCCAGUGCUCUCCCUGAUGCUGGAGAAAGGGCUCCUCUUGAACAGCAGCACAGUAGGGAGGAGUGGGGCUCCAGUCUGAUGCAGGAGACAGAGCUCACUGCUGCAGAGGGGAAAGAGAGACUCAGUGAGCAGCACACAGAGAGCAGACAGAGUGUUGAGGGUCAGGACUCUGUGCACAUGAUGAAGACAGAGCCUGAGAGUGAGAUACACGGUCCCUUAGUAUCUGAAGAUUUUACAGAGAAGAUUAAUCUGAACUCUCAUCAGGACUCAUCUGAACAUCAAUCAAGUAAAUUAAAAAGUGACCAGUGCACACACAAAGGAGAGAGAGUUUUCAUUUGCAGUCAGUGUGGGAGGAGUUUUAGUCGCUCUGACCAUUUAAAAACUCACCAACUUAUUCACACAGGAGAGAAGCCAUUUAGAUGUGGUCAGUGUGGGAAGACAUUUACUAGGACAGGCAGUUUAAAAAACCAUCAACUAAUUCACACAGGAGAGAAACCUUUUAGUUGCAGUCUGUGUGGGAAGAGUUUUCUUCGAGCAGACAGUUUAAAAACCCACCAGCUUAUUCACACAGAUGAGAAACCAUUUAAAUGUGGUCAGUGUGGGAAGAGAUUUACUGUGGCAGGCGGUUUAAAAAAUCACAAACUUAUUCACACAGGAGAGAAACCAUUCACCUGUAGUCAAUGUGGGAAGAGUUUUAGUCAGGCAGGUAGUUUAAAAACCCACCAGCUUAUUCACACAGGAGAGAAACCAUUCAGCUGUAGUCAGUGUGGAAAGAGAUUUUUUCAGGCAGGCAACUUAAAAACCCACCAACUUGUUCACACAAGAGAGAGACACAGGAUAAGACAAUACACAGAAGUGACUUCACGGGGAAGCGUGUGUCCAACAUGAUCUCUGUCCCAGAUCUCCUCCUGCUCCCGACUCCUUCUCCCACAGCUGCAAUCUCCACUUCAGUCUCACCUCCUGCUGGUCCAUUGUCAGAGUGACUGAUGAGUCUCAGGACUGUUCUCACCUGUCACCACCCAGUAAUACUUCUGCCCUCUCAGUCACAGAGGAGCUCUGGACCAGUCUAAGAGCUGCAGUUUGCAGGUGGCAAUUUGAAUUCCCCAAUUGCAGCUGGCAAGUCAUAUAUCAGAUUUUAGACAUUUAUUCAUUUCUGUUUCUAAAUUCUUUAUUUUCUUAACCUUUGUUUUAAUGAAAUAGGUAUAUGGCCUGAGGGUAUGAAACCUCAUCAACAUAUAACCUUUGAUUUCAAUUUGGAAUCUAAUUUGGCAUUAGAACUGAUACAUAUAAAUUUUACUGUAUUUGUCCAAGGGUUACAUGGUGGCACAGUGGUCAGCAUUGAUGCCUCACAGUGGUGGAGCCCUAGAUUUAUUUCUUGGGAUACUAUGUGUGUGGAGUUUGAAUGUUCUGCCCAUGUUUGUGUGCAUUUUCUCCGGGUGCUUUUACUUUCUGGCAUCUCAUAGUAUACAUUGUAUAAAGAUCGCCUAUUCUGAUCGCCC